GGGCCUGGCCACGUCACCGCCCGGCCGGGAGUGCGCUGGCGGGGCGGCGGCGCCUGGGCAGGAAGCGCGGGGCUCGGAGGCGCGGGCAGGGGCGCGCGGGACCCAGGGGCUGCGGCCGGGGAUGUGGCAGCCGCCUGGCGCGCCUGAAAGUUUCCCAGAGUUGGCUGCGCGGGUGCUCGCCGGCGGCUGGACCAUGAACGUGUUCCGUAUCCUCGGCGACCUGAGCCACCUCCUGGCCAUGAUCUUGCUCCUGGGAAAGAUCUGGAGAUCCAAGUGUUGCACGGGCAUCUCCGGGAAGAGCCAGAUCCUUUUCGCUCUCGUCUUCACCACCAGGUACCUGGAUCUGUUCACCAACUUCAUCUCCAUCUACAACACAGUGAUGAAGGUGGUUUUCCUCCUCUGCGCCUAUGUCACAGUAUACAUGAUCUAUGGGAAAUUUUGGAAAACGUUUGACAGUGACAAUGACACAUUCCGCUUGGAGUUUCUUCUGGUCCCAGUCAUUGGCCUCUCCUUCCUUGAAAACUACAACUUCACUGUUCUGGAGAUCCUCUGGACUUUCUCUAUCUACCUGGAAUCUGUGGCCAUCCUGCCUCAACUCUUCAUGAUCAGCAAGACUGGAGAGGCUGAGACCAUUACUACUCACUACCUGUUUUUCCUUGGGCUGUACCGUGCACUCUACCUGGCUAACUGGAUCAGGCGGUACCAGACUGAGAAUUUCUAUGACCAAAUUGCUGUGGUGUCUGGAGUAGUACAAACCAUCUUCUACUGUGACUUCUUCUACUUGUAUGUGACCAAAGUUCUGAAAGGAAAGAAGUUAAGUCUUCCGAUGCCUAUUUGAGGGCCCUCAGAGGAACUCUACACCUUAACAAGGACACAUUUGAAAUGUUCUCUGGGGCGACUUACAACAGACCAAAUAUUACAAUUAAAGCCAGAAAAAUGCUUAGUGUGAAUUUCAGCGCAGCACUGUUCAUCCUAUCUACAAGACCUCAUCAGUGUCUCUCUGAGGUUAUGAAAUGCCUGGACCAAUUACACAACUACGGUGCUUCAUGAUGUCUACUGGGUCACGAAACCUUAGGUAUUUACUUCCUGACUGGGUCAAAUAAACCAUUGCUUUCUGAGGCCUCAGUGCGAGACUCAUGCUAAGAACAGUCAAUUCCACUCUAAAAAGAUACCCCUCUGUGUAUAAGGCAAACACCCCAAGUGAGUAUCAGUCCAAUUACUGGAGUAUGCUCUUACAAAUGAUUUUCACUACCCAUGUUGCACAAGUUUAGGGAGUUGAUACAAAGGUAAUACAGCCUACAGAUGAGAAAUGUUCACUUCUAAAGCUGUCCAAACACAAGUAAACCACAUUUCCCAGCUUUGGCCAGAUUUAAAGUUUUGUGCCUCACCUCUGAAGCUGAUGUGAGCCUCGUGCUGGUUCACAGUACCCCCAACACUCAGUACUCUAAUCCUCAUAACCGUAGCUGGGCACCAUUAGUGUUACAGCCAUGUCACUGAUGAGAAAACACACACCUAAGAUUUUUACCUACUAGGUAUUGUCUUGUUGCUCCUGACUCAAA